GCCCCAUGCCAAUCAAAACGGCCUUGUCUGUAUGUCCAAGACAAGCCAACAAAUUACCACCAGAACACCGCAAAAGACAAAAAAGAAGAUGUCAACCAAAAGAACCACUCUUGGAUACUGCCAGCGAUUGCGUGCUACCCGAAUAAGCGGAGCCGUCCCGAAGCCGAGACGACUCGGAACCAAGGUCGGAUGACCGGUUCAAGCAGCUAUCCGACCUUGCCGGGACAAACAUCCAUCUGGCUGUUGCACACACUUACAUCAAGGGGGCUUCCGUGCCUGACCAAAACCCCUUCAACCCCCGACUCGAUCUUUCCACCACACCGUGACAUCUCAUCAUCUCAGCGAUGCAGCCGCGGCGGAGCCAACAAUGUGAGCACGUGGGCAUGUCUCCCGCCCGCAAUCCACAACGCUCCUGCUUCUUCAAGUACCGCUUGCCUCGUUUUGAUUGAUAACUAUCCGGUAUCGGGCCACGAGGUGCAAACGAUCCGGAGAACUGGGAAGGCCAUGCGUUUGAAACCCGAUAAUUCCCAGGCGCAGAAUCCCGUCAUCGUCCUUGUCCGCGAUGACUGCGCCGACACCCUUCCUCCAACAAGCCUAGACAGCUAACGCACAAUCCGCAGUGUGCUCCUCUGUCCCUCCGUGAUCCCCACCUCUCAGCCAAAAUGAGCAGUUGACCCAAGUCGUCAUGUACUCGGUGCCGCGAGGUCGUCCACAUGCUUCCCAGCAACCCGAUGACAAAUAGCCAAGUCGAGCACUUGCUCUCCCGACACCAUACCUAGCGGGCCGCUUCCAAAACCAAUGACGACAGCCGGCCCGAGCCGAAUCGAACACGAUGCAAACCGUUCCCCGUACAGGCGAUAUCGAACAAGAGGGCACUGUCUUCAUCGUCAACCUCCGCCAGCAACCCGCCACCACCGUCGUAAAGAAAAAAAGAAAGAAAGAGAAAAGAGAAUUCAAAACAAGAGAAAAGAGAAGGAAAGAAAGAAAGACCCCUAUGAUUGUUUGCCAGACUUAUAUAUGGUCAUCGCCAACAUCAUCACUCAUCAGCCAAAAACGCGUCUCGAGCCCCUGCCACUCGCGUUUCCCAUUUUAACUGGCGUCACCCUCGCGUCGAGGGAACACAGCAUCUCAAGACAAGGGGCGUUGGUCCAAGUUCGGUAAUGUUGAAUGGCAUUCCUCUCAAAUGAUUGGAUAGUGGAUCGUGGAAUUUUGCCUGAAACGGCUGAAUCAGGAAGACCUCGGGUAUGGUAGGCUGGGCAAGCGCGGUCUCGGCGGCAUCAUAGGGCACGAGGCUGAGGAAUUAUUUGAUAUAGGGGGUCCCCUGACGCGCGCUUCUUUGACAUGAAAACAAAUUCCUGCACUUCCUUUCGACUUUUCGAGACGACGGAUGGACGAUUUGAUGCUGGUUUUUCUUCGGCAACAGCAUGCGCACACCGACGUCAGCGGCGGCUCGCACCCAUGGGGCCAACAAAAAGUGUCGGAGACUCCAACACGAAUUCUCGAGCUCCACUUGGGCGGUGCAUUGCGUUACGAGACGCCGACCGUGGACGGCGGCGGAUGGGAGAUCGUUGAGCGCAAACGGCGGUACAUAUGUAUCGGUGGCUUUGGGAACUUUGGUUCCUGGUUCAAGUGAGCCACAAGGGGUUUUGAGGUUAUGGGGCUGGGAAACCACUCGAAAGAGAGCCGCCUCCAGCGAGACAUCUGUUAUCGUCAUCGUCAUGGCAUGGCCCGGAAGGUCCGGAGUGGCGGCUCGGAGCCGGCCCGAUAGCCAUUGACGACAUCCGAUCUCAUUUCCUUGGCAUUUUCUUUACUCUCAUCUCCUGAUGUCUGUCAAUGGGUUGGUUGCCCGUGUGUGGUGGGAUGGUUGGAAGCUCGACUCGAACGAGACGGCUCGGGAUGGCCCGUCGUCGAGACCAGAGGCAAGCGCUGUCGGUCGACGGCUUUGGAGGAAGGGGUGGUACGCAUGGAGGAAAAAGAAGGUCCGUCGGCACGGCAGUGUUAGGGGCAAACGGUGUUCCCUCGAGACUGCAUCUCGUGGGGGAACAGGAGGGGGCCACUUGGCAUCAGAACGCGGAGGCAAUUUGCGCGGUGUCAUCAAGUGAUGCACCCAGACCUUGCGCAUGUUAUUCCAUGGCAAGGCGUCUACCUCAUGCGACUUUGUCUCGUGGUGAAAGAUGCUGAACACAGGUCGCCCUCCCUCGUCUCAUGAUGCUGCUGCUACCUUUCGCAAGUGCAACAGUCAGCCGCCGAGGGAAAUUGGAUGUGGAUGGACAGAUGGGGGGAAACUGGCUACCACAGUUUUGACUUUGUGGCCGUGUUGCAGAGCCAGCGGGCGGACAAGCCAUGGCGAGUCAAUUGCUCGUGGCGUCGACCAUCAAUUGUGGGACAGCAAACCGGACCUGACAUCAUGUGCUGGGGACAACCUGGUCUUGGCACCGAGAGAGACACCGAGCUCGACGGCCUAUUGAGAUGCUGGACGGGAGCUCUGAGCAAGGAUGGAGGUCUGACAAGAAGGUGGGAAGAGGGUGGAAAUAGGGGCACAACUUUUAUCACAGCAUCGAAGCAGGCUCCCGAUUAGGCAACUCCGACCAGGCCGACGGAAACAACACAAACCACCGCAGGGCCAAGAGCCGACGACGGAGAUAUCAGUCAAUCACCAGGUUCUUCAGCCUUGCCUCUUGUCAGUUCCAGCUUGGUUUUCCCUGGUCCACCGGUGACCAAGUUGCACCAGCAGCACCAGCUCCGGAAGACCCGCAAACCGACUCGAGCUAGGAACGUCAUUAUCAGGGCGCGGGAAUGACGACAAAACAAGAGCGGCGGCCGUCUCUGGCCGCCACGACGUCGGCACCCAUUUCUAACAGUGGCAACCCCUAGUGGUUUAGCCGCAUCGCAUCACAGGACACCGACAGAUGCUUCUCGCAUUCCGCCCGUUCAGCGCCCGUCUCUCCCGACGCGAACCAAACCAAAAAGAAGCGGUGCUGCUCCUUCCUCAACCAAACCCAAGCCACCCUCCCAACUACCGAUCUUACCGCAAUCCACUCUCGGCCGCAUUGUUCCUGGAAGCAUCCACAACCAAGUUGCGCCUGCCCACCGCACCAGAACCCAACAGCACCACUCAGGCCGGGUUCAUUUCUGCUUACCGGCGCCCCAAAGUGUACCUUCCCGCGGGAUUGACACCACCUGAUCGGAAAAAAAAGGUCAACUUCAAUCCCAAUCAGAACUCUGGGGACUCCACGAACUCCAGACCUUCCAGCCUGCUGCCCCUGAUCUUUCUCCGCUUCCCACAGAGAAGUUUGCAGAAAAGAGCGCAAUAAAUAUCGCUUCUACGCUUCCCCGGAUCUUCCUCCUACUUCUUGUCUUCUUUCUCACCAUCUCCCGCACAUACUUCAUGAGGUAGCCUGUCUGGCCCUUCAAUUUUUAACCACUGACAACGUCACCACCAUGGCGGGACCAAGAUCGCUCCACGAGACGACGGACGAUGAGCAUUCGCCCAAGUCUGGCACCCCGGCCAACGUCUCGGCCGCUUCUCUGGCUGCCGAGCAGCGUAUCACCGGCCUUGCCAUCCUACUAGGCGCUGUUGCCAGUAUUGGUGGUUUUAUGUUUGGCUAUGUGAGCGGUCAAAUCUCGGGCUUUUUCGAUAUGGAAGACUACGGCAGACGCUUUGGUGAAUUCAACGUCCUUACUGGCAAAUACGACUUCAGCGCUCCCAGACAAGGUGCCAUAGUCGGCCUAUUACCGGCUGGCUGCUUGUUUGGUUCGCUCAUUGCCGGCCGCAUCGCCGAUACCUUGGGUCGCCGCAUGGCCAUCUCGGUCACUGCCGUCUUCUGCUGCGUUGGAAACAUCAUUGAAAUCUCUUCGUCGAGCUCAUGGGCUCAAUUCGCUGUCGGUCGCCUCGUCACUGGUUUUGGUAUUGGUGCUCUCUCGGUUGCGGUACCCAUGUACCAGUCCGAGUCGGCCCCUGCCAAGAUCAGAGGUGUUCUCAUCUCGUGCUACCAACUCUUCAUCACCCUCGGCAUCUGGGUUGCUGAGAUGAUCAACUAUGGCACCCACACCAUGUCCAACUCUGGCUCGUGGCGCAUUCCCAACGGUCUGUCGUUCCUUUGGUCGCUCAUCCUCGGUGUUGGUAUCCUCUUCCUUCCUGAGUCCCCCCGCUUCGCCUACCGUGUUGGCCGCGAAGAGGAGGCGCGCAGGAGUAUCGCUCGUCUUGCUGGCCUCGAUGAGAGGGCCGCCUCUGUCAACCAACAAAUCGAUGAGAUCAAGGCCAAGCUUGAUGAGGAGAGAGCCGGCGCCCAGACGAGCUGGUACGAGAUCUUCACUGGUCCCCGCAUGCUCUACCGUACCCUUCUUGGUAUAACUCUCCAGGCUGGUCAACAACUGACGGGUGCCAAUUUCUUCUUCUACUACGGUACCACCAUCUUCCGUGCUACCGGUCUUAGCGACAGCUACGUUACCCAGAUCAUUCUCGGUUCCGUCAACGUUGGUUGCACCUUUGGCGGUCUCUACAUUGUCAAGAAGUGUGGAAGAAGAAAUGCUCUCAUGGGUGGCGCCCUCUGGAUGAUGGUGUGCUUCUUCGUCUACUCGUUUGUUGGUCGCUUCAAGCUUGACCCCGUCAACCCAGCCAACACGCCCACGGCCGGCAACGUCCUCAUCGUGUUCUCUUGCCUGUUCAUCGCCGCGUUCGCCACCACCUGGGGUCCUCUUGUCUGGGUCGUCACGGCCGAGCUCUACCCUGCCAAGUACCGCGCUCCUGCCAUGGCCAUUGCCACUGCCAGCAACUGGCUCUGGAACUUUUUGAUGAGCUUCUUCACCCGCUUCAUCACCGACUCGAUCGGCUACCUGUACGGUCUCGUCUUCGCCGGCUGCUGCGCUGCCCUUGUCCUCAUCGUCUUCUUCUUCUUGGUGGAGAGCAAGGACCGCAGCUUGGAGGAGAUUGACACCAUGUACAUGCUCCACGUCAACCCCAUCACCAGCGCCAAGUGGUCCGAGGACAUGGUGCCCUCCAGUUCCGCCAGCGACGAGAAGCAGACUGCGCACAUGGAGAAGAGCGACAAGCAAAUCCCUUGAAUUUGUCCUUUUAUGAUACCAACCGCCACGAAACUGCAUAAUAGUUUGAGGGGGCAUUUGCAUUACGACUGGGAAGGCGACAUGGAGUCUCUCUUGCUUGCAUCUCUAGAGGUCAUAUAUUUGUCGCUCUCUUGGCCAUGGCCCUGGAGAAGCAUAAACAUGCGUCUGUUGUAGGGAUUUCUUUCUUUUGGCGGAUAGGCGAAAACAAUGGGUUUUGUUGGGAUGUCUGUUUGCUUGCUACCCUACGGCAUUGCCAAGGGCACCUAAAUAUACGUGUCGAGUGUACGCGCUGGCGUUUGGUGCCGUGUAUGCGAGUUCCAAAGAGAGAGAGAGGACGGAGGGCUUUGGUUCAAAGAGAGAGAGAGAGAGAGAGAUAGUUGUAGGGAUGGAAGAAAAAAAUUUAUUUUUAAUAGUUAGCAGGCCUGUCUGUCUGUCUGUCUUGUCUUGUCUGGCAAAGAAGAUGCAGGCGAAGUAGAAGACAGCUUGCGGUGGGUAAUAUAUAUAUUCAAAUGUUCUUGCUGAUUAUGGAUUCACGGGAAUGGGUUUUUGUUUCUUUUUUGAGUGGAGGGUUAGUUUUGAUAGUAAAUAUCGAUGUUGUGGUUUGAUAUGAAUUCGA